AUGCACAAGAAGGUCUACAACAGGGACCAGCAGCAGUGCCGUGUCAAAGUCAAGGAGCUGCAGCAGGCGGGCUGGGGGGCCAACAAUCAAUCCAGUGCUGAUCCACAACCCUGCCACUCUUACAAACAGUCACAAGCUAUCCUCAAUGGAGAGGCACCCCCUCCCAAAAGCACCAUGGAUAUUUCCGAGGAGCCUGAGUCACAGAUUGCUGCCAUGAACAGCGACGAUGAGGAGGUGGAUGAGCAAGAGGAGGAGUAUGGGGGACAGAUAUGCAUAGACUUCUGGUAUCACAUGUUUGGGUCAGAGGAGCUGAAUGAGCUGAAAGUGAUUAUUCAGAAUGAAGGAGUGGAAGAUCUGGUGUGGAGUCAGAAGGGAAACCAGGGUUCUUCUUGGAUCUAUGGUUUCACCACUGUUACUUUUCUGCCUGAGAGAAGGAUAAAGGUCAUUUUUGAGGCUGUUCGAGGAUUAACAGAAUAUGGGGACACAGCUGUGGACAAUGUGGGUGUCAGGAACGGGCCCUGUGCGAUAUUUCAUUCUUCAUCUGCAGAGGCAACCUGCAGUGUGCAUAGUGACCCCCACUAUUACACUUUUGACAAGCAGUCUCACACGUUCAUGGGAAAUUGCACCUACACCCUGUCUAAGCUGUGUGAUGGGAAAAGCACGCUGCCCUACUUCAAUGUGGAAGCAGCAAACGAACACAGAGGAGGCAACAUGCGCGUGUCCUACGUCCAAUAUGUGGAUGUUGAUGUUUAUGACUACAGGAUAACUCUGGGUAAAAACAGGGUUGUUAAGACUUUACACAGGGCCCCCCCAUGGGAGCCCAGGGUUGCCACCUCUGAGGUCCAAAAAAACCAGAACAUGGCGAUGGGCAGCCUGGGCCAGCAAGGACCCACGGAGAAUGCCUGGGUGUCCUUAUCCCUGGCCUCCCGUACAGGCAACACCCUUCAUCCUGCUCCAAGGCAGGCCGUCUCUCUUCUGCCCCAAUGCACAGACUUAGCCAGGGUCCAAACCAAGGGCAACCCCCACAUGGAGGUGAACCUGGAGGGAAAGGUGAACGGAGCCAUUCAGGUACUUCCUGUGGUACUGGGAUCAGGUGUAAAUAUUUCCUUCAGUGGACAGUAUGUCAUGGUUACCACUGCCUUCGGGCUGAGAGUUAAGUUCAAUGGAGAUCAUAGGGCUGAAGUGAUUCUUCCCAGUAUAUACAUGUCUAAAGUCUGUGGCAUGUGUGGAAAUUACAACGGGCACAAAGCAGACGACUUUCUUAACCCAGAUGGAGAGAUGGAAGCAAAUUCGGUCAGCUUGGGCAACAGCUGGCAGAUUUAUAAUGACUCCAGCUGUGUCCCAGAUCUUGGCCAUACCCCAAACUGCUCAGAUGAUGAAACACAAAUGAUCCAAAGCAACAAGUACUGUGGGCUGAUCACAGAUCCAAGUGGCCCGUUCCGGCAGUGCCACUCAGCAGCUGAUCCAUUGGUUUAUUUUGAAGACUGCCUGUAUGAUCUGUCACUGAUUUGUCCAGCCAACAGUCACUAUGAAGCAUGCACGGCAGCCUGCCCUGCUACCUGUGUCAACCCAAUGGCUCCUGCCAGCUGCAGCCUGCCGUGUGUGGAAGGAUGCGUGUGCGACAGUGGUUAUCUUCUUUACAAUGAUGGCUGUGUCCCCAGCAGUCAGUGUGGAUGUUGGUACAAUGGCAAACACUACCCAGUUGGCGCUGAAUUCUGGACCGAUGACACCUGCUCCUCUAAAUGCACAUGUCCCUCUCGGGGGAGCAAAGUAAGCUGCUCUAACGCAGCCUGCCCAGCCGAUUAUUACUGUGGGGUUCAGAACGGGGAACCUGGCUGCUACCGUGAGACUUACGGGAUCUGCCGAGUCCACAACGACCCUCAUUACAACACGUUUGACAAAGCGACUCACCACUUCAUGGGGAAGUGCACCUAUACGUUGGCCAAAGUGUGCACCAACUCCAGCUCUCUGCCUUAUUUCAACGUAGAAGCCAAGAACGAGCAUCGAGGGUACUCUGCAGUGUCCUAUGUGCAGAAAGUCAUGGUGGAGGUUCAUGGUCAACACAUAGAAAUAGUUAAGGCAACACCAAAUCGUGUACUGAUCAAUAAAAUAUGGUCAACUCUCCCCGUAACUACAGCUGGUGGGUCAAUCACAGUGAGCAGGAGCGGACGAUACGUUAUCCUGGAGACAGAUUUCAGACUGAGGGUUUCCUAUGACACCGAUCAUUCGGUGGAAGUGAAGGUGCCCACCACCUAUUUCAACAGGACCUGUGGCAUGUGCGGUAACUUUAACAAUCGGAGAGGGGAUGACUAUAUGAUGCCAGAUGGGCAGCAAGCCAAGAACUCUAAUGAGCUGGGAAACAGCUGGCGUGUUGAGGAUGACGAUCCUUCUUGUGAUGUCAUUGUCCCACCCAGACCCUGCCCUGCAGACCAGGAGAACCUCUACAGAACAGACAGAUUCUGUGGCCUGAUAACCAAGAGGCCUGGCCCCUUUGGGAUCUGCCACUCCGUGAUCAAUCCUGAGAGCAUCUUUGAGAGCUGUGUCUAUGACCUCUGUGCGCUGAAUGGGAAUGAGCAGCUCUUGUGUAACGCUCUGGCGACUUACGCUGAUGCAUGUCAGGAAGCUGGAGUGACUCUCCCCCAGUGGAGAAAUGCCACCUUCUGCUUAGCAGCAAGCAACUGCAGUAAACCUUGUGUAGAGGGAUGUGAGUGCAACAGCGGGUUUGUUCUCAGCGGUGGACAGUGUGUUUCCAUGGGCAAUUGUGGCUGCCUCUAUAAAGACAAAUAUUAUGAGAAAGGGGAAACUUUCUGGGAAACAAACUGUGAAGGCCAAUGUAACUGUGCAGGAAACAACACCAUAGUCUGCAGUCCAAAGACAUGUGAAGCAAGCAAAAUUUGCAAGGUGCAGAAUGGAAUCUUGGGAUGUUAUCCAUUGGACAUCAACACCUGCCACAUCUAUGGGGAUCCACACUACAUAACUUUUGAUGGGAGACUGUACCAUUUCCAGGGUGGAUGCAAUUAUACAAUAGUUGAGACAUGCACAAAUUCUUCUGAGCAGUUCUCAGUGACAACCAGGAAUGAACACAGAGGAAGCCAGGCCUGGACUGCUUUGAACUCAGUAGCUGUCACAUUGAAAAACAUUCACAUUGCUUUGAGAAAAAACAAAGAGGUCCAUGUGAAUGGAAUUCAAGUUGAUCUUCCUGUGACUCUGCAUCCUGGAAUUACAGUAGCUGUAAGAGGACCCUAUGUGGUCAUUGAUACCUCUGUUGGCAUUCAGGUGAAGUUUGAUGGUGACCAACAGCUUUUUGUUCAUGCUGAUGAAAGCUUUAAGGGGCAGCUGUGUGGCCUGUGUGGCACAUACACUGACAACCAGCUGGAUGAUUUCCUAAGACCAGACAGAGUCCUGGAACAGGAUUCAAAUAAUUUUGGCAAUAGCUGGCAAGUGAAGGAUGACAAUUGGAUCAGCCACCAAUUCCACUGCGGAGCCUUCGACAUCAUUCACUACCACGGACGUGACAGUCAGUCUCUGACAGCUUGGAUUGGAAACGACACCGGGGGCCAACCUCCUCAGCAAACACAGGACCCUCGUACGACCACACUACAGGAGAUCCUCCUGGAGGGGGUGCGGGGUGAAGAUUUCCGCAGUGACGUAGCAGUGGAUGAUGUAUCUCUCGUAGACGGAUAUUGCCCAGAAGAGUCCUGUGUGGUGUCAGGGGACCCUCACUACUACACCUUUGAUAAACAAACCCAUCACUUCAUGGGGACCUGCGCCUACACCCUGUCCAAGCUGUGUGAUGGGAACAGCAGCCUGCCCUACUUCAAUGUGGAAGCAGCGAAUGAGCACAGAGGAGGCAACACUCGCGUGUCCUAUGUCCAAUAUGUGGAUGUUGAUGUUUAUGGCCUGAGGAUAACACUAGAGAAAGGGGGAGUCGUGAAGGUAAAUGGAAAGGGAGAGAUCGUCAUCCCCUUUGCCCCAUCGUCGGGUGUGCAAAUCUCCUCCAGCGGGCUUUAUGUCGUGGUCAGCACAGAUUUUGGGUUGACCGUGAAGUUUGAUGGGAACCAUCGAGUGGAAGUGACUCUUUGGAGCUCCUUCAAAGGAAAAGUUUGUGGGAUGUGUGGGAACUACAACGGGAACGCAGCAGACGACUUUCUGAAUCCAGAUGGGGUGCUGGAGCCAGACUCUACCAGCCUUGGCAACAGCUGGCAGGUCUCCAAUCACACCAGUUGUCUUCCAGGAACGGGCCAUGAUCCAGUCUGCGACGAGAGUGAUAGGCAAAUCAUUGCCAGCAGUGCUUUCUGUGGUCUCCUGACAGAUGCGAAUGGCCCAUUUAAAAAGUGCCACCGGGUGCUAGAUCCUACCAUUUACUUCAGCAGCUGCUUUUAUGACCAGUGUGAAUUGCGAAUGGAUCCUGACUCCCUCUGCAAGAGUCUGCAGUCUUACGCGGAUGCCUGUCGGUCUAGGGGAGCUGAGAUAGAUGCUUGGAGGAAUGCUACCUUCUGUCCAAUUGACUGUCCAGCCAACAGUCACUAUGAAGCAUGCACAGCAGCCUGCCCUGCCACCUGUGUCAACCCGAUGGCUCCUGCCAGCUGCAGCCUGCCGUGUGCGGAAGGAUGCGUGUGCGACAGUGGUUAUCUUCUCUACAACGAUGGCUGUGUCCCCAGCAGUCAGUGCGGGUGCUGGCACAAUGGCGAACACUACCCUGUUGGCGCUGAAUUCUGGACCGAUGACACCUGCUCCUCUAAAUGCACAUGUCCCUCUCGGGGGAGCAAAGUAAGCUGCUCUAACGCAACCUGCCCAGCCGAUUAUUACUGUGGGGUUCAAAACGGGGAACCUGGCUGCUACCGUGAGACUUACGGGAUCUGCCGAGUCCACAACGACCCUCAUUACAACACGUUUGACAGAGAGACUCACCACUUCAUGGGGGUCUGCACCUACACGCUGGCCAAAGUGUGCAGCAACUCCAGCUCUCUGCCUUAUUUCAACGUAGAAGCCAAGAACGAGCAUCGAGGGUACUCUGCAGUGUCCUAUGUGCAGAAAGUCCUGGUGGAGGUUUAUGGACAACACAUAGAAAUUCUCAGAAACCAUCCGAGCCAAGUGCUGGUCAAUGAAGUGUUAACAACCCUUCCUGUCCGCGCAGCUGGUGGGUCAAUCACAGUGAGCAGGAGCGGACGAUACGUUAUCCUGGAGACAGAUUUCAGACUGAGGGUUUCCUAUGACACCGAUCACUCGGUGGAAGUGAAGGUGCCCACCACCUAUUUCAACAGGACCUGUGGCAUGUGCGGUAACUUUAACAAUCGGAGAGGGGAUGACUAUCUGAUGCCAGAUGGGCAGCAAGCCAAGAACUCUAAUGAGCUGGGAAACAGCUGGCGUGUUGAGGAUGACGAUCCUUCUUGUGAUGUCAUUGUCCCACCCGAACCCUGCCCUGCAGACCAGGAGAACCUCUACAGAACAGACAGAUUCUGUGGCCUGAUAAGCAAGAGGCCUGGCCCCUUUGGGAUCUGCCACUCCGUGAUCAAUCCUGAGAGCAUCUUUGAGAGCUGUGUCUAUGACCUCUGUGCGCUGAAUGGGAGUGAGGCGCUCCUGUGUAGCGCUCUGGCGACCUACGCUGAUGCGUGUCGGGAAGCUGGGGUGAUGCUCCCCCCCUGGAGAAAUGCCACCUUCUGCCCUCCCACGUGCUCUGCUCCCAACAGCCACUACGAACCUUGUAUGACUGCCUGCCCUGCCACGUGUCUGGACCGCCUCGCCCCCGAGAACUGCAGCAAGCCCUGUGUCGAGGGCUGCGCGUGUAAUUCUGGAUUUCUUCUCAGCGGAGGCGCCUGUGUGCCGGAGGCCAAGUGCGGCUGUAUGUUCCAGGACAGAUACUACAGCGAAGGAGAGAGCGUUGUGACGGAGAACUGCACGAGCCGGUGUGAGUGUCUGGGAAAUGGCAACAUGACGUGCAGUGAGCUGUCUUGUGGUCCAGAUGAGAUCUGCAAGAUUCAAAGUGGCCUGCGGGGAUGUUAUCCAGCCGGCAUCGCUAUCUGCCACAUCUACGGUGACCCACACUACACCACCUUUGAUGGGAAACUUCACCACUUCCAGGGUGCCUGCAACUACACCGUGGUGGAGACCUGCGAUAACGCCUCUGGCAGCUUUAGGGUAACCACCCGAAAUGAACACCGGGGCAGCCCCAGCUGGACAGCCAUUAACUCCGUCGCCCUCACUCUGGAUGGCGUUCACAUUGCGCUCGGGAAGAAAGGAAUUGUCUACAUUAAUGGUGCCCUGGCCUCUCUCCCUGAAACUCCUCUUCCUGGAGUGACCGUUUCACUCAUCGGACGCUACGUACAAGUUACGACCAACCUGGGCGUCCAGCUGCAGUUCAAUGGGGACCACGAGCUCUUUGUAAGAGUGACUGAGAAGUACAAAGGGAGACUGUGCGGAUUGUGUGGGAUGUACACGGGGACCCAGCAGGACGACUUCAGGAGACCUGAUGGGGUCGUGGUGGCAGACUUCAACGAAUUUGGAGCCAGCUGGAGGGUGCCUGACGACGAGUGGCCUUGCAAUUCAACUAUCGUCCUGCCUGUAACGUGCGCUCCCUCCGGGCAGCAGGCAGCCGAGGAACGGUGCAGAAUCCUAACGGACCACGAGGGCCCAUUCUCACCGUGCCGUUCUGCGGUGCCUCCCGCCCUGUACUUUGAGAGCUGUGUCUAUGACCAGUGUGCCGCAGGAGGAAGCUCUGAGCAGCUCUGCAAUGCUCUGGAAUCCUAUGCGGCAGCCUGUGCAGCGGCAGGAAUCGCUCUGGGAGAAUGGGCGGCAGACACUAUCUGCGCAGCCACCACUUCCACUGCGGAGCCUUCGACAUCAUUCACUACCACGGACGUGACAGUUCCCUCAGCUCAUUGUAACAUGUCCUGUUCAUUUGACACUGACUUCUGUGACUGGACACAGUCAGUCUCUGACAGCGUGGAUUGGAAACGACACCGGGGGCCAACCUCCUCGGCAAACACAGGACCCUCCUACGACCACACUACAGGAGAUGGUUACUUCAUCUACCUGCAAGGAAGCCAGGCCAGCUCUGGAGCUGUGGCUCACUUGGAGAGUCCUGUGUGCAGUGCCAAUGGAACCUAUUGUUUCCGCUUCUGGUAUCACAUGUACGGAGUGGCUCAUGCAAUGGCACUGAGAGUUUAUGUCACUGAGGAUGCAGCGCCACGUCUGGUCUGGUCAGAGACAGGAAAUAAGGGCGAUAGGUGGAACUUGGCAGCAGUCACUGUGUAUAACAGAGGAGAUAUGCGGAUCCUCCUGGAGGGGGUGCGGGGUGAAGAUUUCCGCAGUGACGUAGCAGUGGAUGAUGUAUCUCUCGUAGACGGAUAUUGCCCAGAAGAGUCCUGUGUGGUGUCAGGGGACCCUCACUACUACACCUUUGAUAUACAAACCCAUCACUUCAUGGGGACCUGCGCCUACACCCUGUCCAAGCUGUGUGAUGGGAACAGCAGCCUGCCCUACUUCAAUGUGGAAGCAGCGAAUGAGCACAGAGGAGGCAACACUCGCGUGUCCUAUGUCCAAUAUGUGGAUGUUGAUGUUUAUGGCCUGAGGAUAACACUAGAGAAAGGGGGAGUCGUGAAGGUAAAUGGAAAGGGAGAGAUCGUCAUCCCCUUUGCCCCAUCGUCGGGUGUGCAAAUCUCCUCCAGCGGGUUUUAUGUCGUGGUCAGCACCGACUUUGGGUUAACCGUGAAGUUUGAUGGGAACCAUCGAGUGGAAGUGACUCUUUGGAGCUCCUUCAAAGGAAAAGUUUGUGGGAUGUGUGGGAACUACAACGGGAACGCAGCAGACGACUUUCUGAAUCCAGAUGGGGUGCUGGAGCCAGACUCUACCAGCCUUGGCAACAGCUGGCAGGUCUCCAAUCACACCAGUUGUCUUCCAGGAACGGGCCAUGAUCCAGUCUGCGACGAGAGUGAUAGGCAAAUCAUUGCCAGCAGUGCUUUCUGUGGUCUCCUGACAGAUGCGAAUGGCCCAUUUAAAAAGUGCCACCGGGUGCUAGAUCCUACCAUUUACUUCAGCGGCUGCUUUUAUGACCAGUGUGAAUUGCGAAUGGAUCCUGACUCCCUCUGCAAGAGUCUGCAGUCUUACGCGGACGCCUGUCGGUCCAGGGGAGCUGAGAUAGAUGCUUGGAGGAAUGCUACCUUCUGUCCAAUUGACUGUCCAGCCAACAGUCACUAUGAAGCAUGCACAGCAGCCUGCCCUGCCACCUGUGUCAACCCGAUGGCUCCUGCCAGCUGCAGCCUGCCGUGUGCGGAAGGAUGCGUGUGCGACAGUGGUUAUCUUCUCUACAACGAUGGCUGUGUCCCCAGCAGUCAGUGCGGGUGCUGGCACAAUGGCAAACACUACCCUAUUGGCGCCGAAUUCUGGACCGAUGACACCUGCUCCUCUAAAUGCACAUGUCCCUCUCGGGGGAGCAAAGUAAGCUGCUCUAACACAGCCUGCCCAGCCGAUUAUUACUGUGGGGUUCAGAACGGGGAACCUGGCUGCUACCGUGAGACUUACGGGAUCUGCCGAGUCCACAACGACCCUCAUUACAACACGUUUGACAGAGAGACUCACCACUUCAUGGGGGUCUGCACCUACACGCUGGCCAAAGUGUGCAGCAACUCCAGCUCUCUGCCUUAUUUCAACGUAGAAGCCAAGAACGAGCAUCGAGGGUACUCUGCAGUGUCCUAUGUGCAGAAAGUCCUGGUGGAGGUUUAUGGACAACACAUAGAAAUUCUCAGAAACCAUCCGAGCCAAGUGCUGGUCAAUGAAGUGUUAACAACCCUUCCUGUCCGCGCAGCUGGUGGGUCAAUCACAGUGAGCAGGAGCGGACGAUACGUUAUCCUGGAGACAGAUUUCAGACUAAGGGUUUCCUAUGACACCGAUCAUUCGGUGGAAGUGAAGGUGCCCACCACCUAUUUCAACAGGACCUGUGGCAUGUGCGGUAACUUUAACAAUCGGAGAGGGGAUGACUAUAUGAUGCCAGAUGGGCAGCAAGCCAAGAACUCUAAUGAGCUGGGAAACAGCUGGCGUGUUGAGGAUGACGAUCCUUCUUGUGAUGUCAUUGUCCCACCCGAACCCUGCCCUGCAGACCAGGAGAACCUCUACAGAACAGACAGAUUCUGUGGCCUGAUAACCAAGAGGCCUGGCCCCUUUGGGAUCUGCCACUCCGUGAUCAAUCCUGAGAGCAUCUUUGAGAGCUGUGUCUAUGACCUCUGUGCGCUGAAUGGGAGUGAGGCGCUCCUGUGUAGCGCUCUGGCGACCUACGCUGAUGCGUGUCGGGAAGCUGGGGUGAUGCUCCCCCCCUGGAGAAAUGUCACCUUCUGCCCUCCCACGUGCUCUGCUCCCAACAGCCACUACGAUCCUUGUAUGACGGCCUGCCCUGCCACGUGUCUGGACCGCCUUGCCCCUGAGAACUGCAGCAAGCCCUGUGUCGAGGGCUGCGCUUGUAAUUCUGGAUUUCUUCUCAGCGGAGGCGCCUGUGUGCCGGAGGCCAAGUGCGGCUGCAUGUUCCAGAACAGAUACUACAGCGAAGGAGAGAGCGUCGUGACGGAGAACUGCACGAGCCGGUGUGAGUGUCUGGGAAAUGGCAACAUGACGUGCAGUGAGCUGUCUUGUGGUCCAGAUGAGAACUGCAAGAUUCAAAGUGGCCUGCGAGGAUGUUAUCCAGCCGGCACCGCUACCUGCCACAUCUACGGUGACCCACAUUACACCACCUUUGAUGGGAAACUUCACCACUUCCAGGGUGCCUGCAACUACACCGUGGUGGAGACCUGCGAUAACGCCUCUGGCAGCUUUAGGGUAACCACCCGAAAUGAACACCGGGGCAGCCCCAGCUGGACAGCCAUUAACUCCGUCGCCCUCACUCUGGAUGGCGUUCACAUUGCGCUCGGGAAGAAAGGAAUUGUCUACAUUAAUGGUGCUUUGGCCUCUCUCCCUGAAACUCCUCUUCCUGGAGUGACCGUUUCACUCAUCGGACGCUACUUACAAGUUACGACCAACCUGGGCGUCCAGCUGCAGUUCAAUGGGGACCACGAGCUCUUUGUAAGAGUGACUGAGAAGUACAAAGGGAGACUGUGCGGAUUGUGUGGGACGUACACAGGGACCCAGCAGGACGACUUCAGGAGACCUGAUGGGGUCGUGGUGGCAGACUUCAAUGAAUUUGGAGCCAGCUGGAAGGUGCCUGACGACGAGUGGCCUUGCAAUUCAACUAUCGUCCCGCCUGUAACGUGCGCUCCCUCCGAGCAGCAGGCAGCCGAGGAACGGUGCAGAAUCCUAAUGGACCGCGAGGGCCCAUUCUCACCGUGCCGUUCUGCGGUGCCACCCGCCCUGUACUUUGAGAGCUGUGUCUAUGACCAGUGUGCCACAGGAGGAAGCUCUGAGCAGCUCUGCAAUGCUCUGGAAUCCUAUGCGGCAGCCUGUGCAGCGGCAGGAGUCGCUCUGGGAGAAUGGGCGGCAGACACUAUCUGCGCUACAACAGUGCAAGAAACAACCCCUCCUUCAGAGACCACUCCGCCCCACACAAUAGGCACCACAACAGAAGAAAGUACCACAGGAAAAUCCUCGACCACUGCAACUCCAACUACAGUAGAGCCCUGUCAGACAGGCCGUGCCACCUGCAGUGCCUCCGGGGACCCGCAUUACUACACGUUUGACGGCAGAGUUCACCAUUUCAUGGGAAACUGCACUUACACCCUCUCCAAAGUCUGCAACGACUCCAGGGGGCUUCCAUCCUUUGACGUGUCCACCACCAAUGAGCACAGGGGCUCCAAUACCAAAGUUUCCUAUGUGAAGGCAGUGCACGUGGAUGUCUAUGGAAGUCAGAUUUCCUUGCUGAAGAACAGGAAAGUGAAUGUGAAUGGCACCAGAAGGAACCUGCCUGUGGUGAUUGAAAACAAGAUCAAGGUCCAGAUCAGCGGUGCCUACGUGCUCUUGGAAACUGAUUUUGGACUCUGGGUCAGAUUUGAUGGAAAUCACUACGUGGAAGUCUCAGUGUCCAGUUGUUACAAGGGGCAGCUCUGUGGUUUGUGUGGUAAUUACAAUGGUGAUGCAAAGGAUGAUAACAUAAAGCCGAAUGGCAGCAGUGCAGGAGAUUCCACUGAGCUUGGGGAGAGCUGGCUAGUGGCAGAGAAUAACACCAUAUGCUCCCCUGAUGAAGUACUAGUCUGUGACCGCCUGCUGGAGAGUGAAGCGAGGAAGAACACAUCCUGUGGCAUGAUCACCGACCCCACAGGUAUCUUCAAGGACUGCCACGCCGUAGUAGCUCCAGAGACAUUCUUGGAAAACUGUGUUUACGACAUGUGUCACGCUAACGAGCCGACAGUGUCCUUAUGCAACGGGCUACAGGCUUAUGCAGAGUCGUGCACAAAUGCUGGGAUCUGCAGAGAAUGGAGACGUAAUACUUUGUGCCCGAUCUCCUGUCCAGGAGGAAGCCAGUACAAGAGCUGUGGGAGCAGGUGUCCUGCCACCUGCGUGAUUCCCUCUGCAUUUAGCCCUUGCAGCUCGUUACCAGUGGAAGGCUGUUUCUGUAAGGAAGGCUACGUUCUGAGCGGAGACACCUGUGUGCCAGAGAGCAGCUGCGGUUGUGUGGAUGGAAACAACCACUAUCAUCAGCUGGGUGAAAGCUGGUUCACCCACGACGCGUGCAUCAAGCGCUGCACCUGCAGCAGCACAAACAACAUCACGUGCAGAGGCUGGGAGUGUGGAGCGCAGGAGAUAUGCAGUGUUCAGGAAGGGGUGCUGGGUUGUUACUCCUCUGGAGAAGCCCCAAUUACUUCAAGUCCAACUACAGUAGGCACCAGUCCACCAGGAAAAUCCUCGACCACUGCAACUCCAGCUACAGUAGAGCCCUGUCAGACAGGCCGUGCCACCUGCAGUGCCUCCGGGGACCCGCAUUACUACACGUUUGAUGGCAGAGUUCACCAUUUCAUGGGAAACUGCACUUACACCCUCUCCAAAGUCUGCAACGACUCCAGGGGGCUUCCACCCUUUGACGUGUCCACCACCAAUGAGCACAGGGGCUCCAAUACCAAAGUUUCCUAUGUGAAAGCAGUUCAUGUGGAUGUCUAUGGAAAUUAUUCGUGGGGGAUUCACUGGGAAUUAUGGGGGUACUUAGUCAUGACCAGAUGUUUCCAACUUGUUGUACAGGUGAAUGGCACCAGAAGGAACCUGCCUGUGGUGAUUGAAAACAAGAUCAAGGCCCAGAUCAGUGGCGCCUAUGUGCUCUUGGAAACUGAUUUUGGACUCUGGGUCAGAUUUGAUGGAAAUCACUACGUGGAAGUCUCAGUGUCCAGUUGUUACAAGGGGCAGCUCUGUGGUCUGUGUGGUAAUUACAAUGGUGAUGCAAAGGAUGAUAACAUAAAGCCGAAUGGCAGCAGUGCAGGAGAUUCCACUGAGCUUGGAGAGAGCUGGCUAGUGGCAGAGAAUAACACCAUAUGCUCCCCUGAUGAAGUACUAGUCUGUGACCCCCUGCUGGAGAGUGAAGCGAGGAAGAACACAGCCUGUGGCAUGAUCACCGACCCCACAGGUAUCUUCAAGGACUGCCACGCCGUAGUAGCUCCAGAGACAUUCUUGGAAAACUGUGUUUACGACAUGUGUCACGCUAACGAGCCGACAGUGUCCUUAUGCAAUGGGCUACAGGCUUAUGCAGAGUCGUGCACAAAUGCUGGGAUCUGCAGAGAAUGGAGACAUAAUACUUUGUGCCCGAUCUCCUGUCCAGGAGGAAGCCAGUACAAGAGCUGUGGGAGCAGGUGUCCUGCCACCUGCGUGAUUCCCUCUGCAUUUAGCCCUUGCAGCUCGUUACCAGUGGAAGGCUGUUUCUGUAAGGAAGGCUACGUUCUGAGCGGAGACACCUGUGUGCCAGAGAGCAGCUGCGGUUGUGUGGAUGGAAACAACCACUAUCAUCAGUUGGGUGAAAGCUGGUUCACCCACGACGCGUGCAUCAAGCGCUGCACCUGCAGCAGCACAAACAACAUCACGUGCAGAGGCUGGGAGUGUGGAGCGCAGGAGAUAUGCAGUGUUCAGGAAGGGGUGCUGGGUUGUUACUCCUCUGGAGAAGCCCCAGUUACUUCAAGUCCAACUACAGUAGGCACCAGUCCACCAGGAAAAUCCUCGACCACUGCAACUCCAGCUACAGUAGAGCCCUGUCAGACAGGCCGUGCCACCUGCAGUGCCUCCGGGGACCCGCAUUACUACACGUUUGACGGCAGAGUUCACCAUUUCAUGGGAAACUGCACUUACACCCUCUCCAAAGUCUGCAACGACUCCAGGGGGCUUCCACCCUUUGACGUGUCCACCACCAAUGAGCACAGGGGCUCCAAUACCAAAGUUUCCUAUGUGAAGGCAGUGCACGUGGAUGUCUAUGGAAGUCAGAUUUCCUUGCUGAAGAACAGGAAAGUGAAUGUGAAUGGCACCAGAAGGAACCUGCCUGUGGUGAUUGAAAACAAGAUCAAGGUCCAGAUCAGCGGUGCCUACGUGCUCUUGGAAACUGAUUUUGGACUCUGGGUCAGAUUUGAUGGAAAUCACUACGUGGAAGUCUCAGUGUCCAGUUGUUACAAGGGGCAGCUCUGUGGUCUGUGUGGUAAUUACAAUGGUGAUGCAAAGGAUGAUAACAUAAAGCCGAAUGGCAGCAGUGCAGGAGAUUCCACUGAGCUUGGAGAGAGCUGGCUAGUGGCAGAGAAUAACACCAUAUGCUCCCCUGAUGAAGUACUAGUCUGUGACCCCCUGCUGGAGAGUGAAGCGAGGAAGAACACAUCCUGUGGCAUGAUCACCGACCCCACAGGUAUCUUCAAGGACUGCCACGCCGUAGUAGCUCCAGAGACAUUCUUGGAAAACUGUGUUUACGACAUGUGUCACGCUAACGAGCCGACAGUGUCCUUAUGCAACGGGCUACAGGCUUAUGCAGAGUCGUGCACAAAUGCUGGGAUCUGCAGAGAAUGGAGACGUAAUACUUUGUGCCCGAUCUCCUGUCCAGGAGGAAGCCAGUACAAGAGCUGUGGGAGCAGGUGUCCUGCCACCUGCGUGAUUCCCUCUGCAUUUAGCCCUUGCAGCUCGUUACCAGUGGAAGGCUGUUUCUGUAAGGAAGGCUACGUUCUGAGCGGAGACACCUGUGUGCCAGAGAGCAGCUGCGGUUGUGUGGAUGGAAACAACCACUAUCAUCAGCUGGGUGAAAGCUGGUUCACCCACGACGCGUGCAUGGAGCGCUGCACCUGCAACAGCACAAACAACAUCACGUGCAGAGGCUGGGAGUGUGGAGCGCAGGAGAUAUGCAGUGUUCAGGAAGGGGUGCUGGGUUGUUACUCCUCUGGAGAAGCCCCAAUUACUUCAAGUCCAACUACAGUAGGCACCAGUCCACCAGGAAAAUCCUCGACCACUGCAACUCCAGCUACAGUAGAGCCCUGUCAGACAGGCCGUGCCACCUGCAGUGCCUCCGGGGACCCGCAUUACUACACGUUUGACGGCAGAGUUCACCAUUUCAUGGGAAACUGCACUUACACCCUCUCCAAAGUCUGCAACGACUCCAGGGGGCUUCCAUCCUUUGACGUGUCCACCACCAAUGAGCACAGGGGCUCCAAUACCAAAGUUUCCUAUGUGAAGGCAGUGCACGUGGAUGUCUAUGGAAGUCAGAUUUCCUUGCUGAAGAACAGGAAAGUGAAUGUUAAUGGCACCAGAAGGAACCUGCCUGUGGUGAUUGAAAACAAGAUCAAGGUCCAGAUCAGCGGUGCCUACGUGCUCUUGGAAACUGAUUUUGGACUCUGGGUCAGAUUUGAUGGAAAUCACUACGUGGAGGUCUCAGUGUCCAGUUGUUACAAGGGGCAGCUCUGUGGUCUGUGUGGUAAUUACAAUGGUGAUGCAAAGGAUGAUAACAUAAAGCCGAAUGGCAGCAGUGCAGGAGAUUCCACUGAGCUUGGAGAGAGCUGGCUAGUGGCAGAGAAUAACACCAUGUAUGUACAGAGGGGAGCUAAUCAGUUGGUCUUUGCUACAAAAGCUCUAGGAAAGCGUGCUGCAUACUCAGCCACGGGACGUCCAUCCAUGACUCCACGACCCAGUCUCCUACUAGGGCUGAGCACAACUCCCAUCCUGUCCAGUACACCCAGGAACCCAUGCUCCCCUGAUGAAGUACUAGUCUGUGACCCUCUGCUGGAGAGUGAAGCGAGGAAGAACACAGCCUGUGGCAUGAUCACCGACCCCACAGCUGCACUAGAAGCUCCAGGAGUUAUGUUGAGUUACCUGCUCAGACUGGAUCUUGCAUUGAGAUGGCACCAGGAUGUGAAGAUUAUUUGGGAAUUGCUCUUUGAGCUCAGAUCAGCUUCGUCCAUCUUCUCUUUCUGUGAUUCUGUUUCUUUCUUGAUUUACGUAGGUAUCUUCAAGGACUGCCACGCCGUAGUAGCUCCAGAGACAUUCUUGGAAAACUGUGUUUACGACAUGUGUCACGCUAACGAGCCGACAGUGUCCUUAUGCAAUGGGCUACAGGCUUAUGCAGAGUCGUGCACAAAUGCUGGGAUCUGCAGAGAAUGGAGACGUAAUACUUUGUGCCCGAUCUCCUGUCCAGGAGGAAGCCAGUACAAGAGCUGUGGGAGCAGGUGUCCUGCCACCUGCGUGAUUCCCUCUGCAUUUAGCCCUUGCAGCUCGUUACCAGUGGAAGGCUGUUUCUGUAAGGAAGGCUACGUUCUGAGCGGAGACACCUGUGUGCCAGAGAGCAGCUGCGGUUGUGUGGAUGGAAACAACCACUAUCAUCAGCUGGGUGAAAGCUGGUUCACCCACGACGCGUGCAUCAAGCGCUGCACCUGCAGCAGCACAAACAACAUCACGUGCAGAGGCUGGGAGUGUGGAGCGCAGGAGAUAUGCAGUGUUCAGGAAGGGGUGCUGGGUUGUUACUCCUCUGGGAGAGCAUCCUGUCAGGUGGCAGGAGAUCCCCACUACUUCACCUUUGACAAGGUGAUGCACACCUUCCUGGGCACCUGCACCUACACCCUGCUCCAAGUCUGCAACAGCAACAGUGUCAUUCCUGUGACCAUCAGUGGCAAAAACGAAGAUCGAGGACAGAGAGGGGCCACGUAUCUCAAAGAGGUUUACAUUGACAUCUAUGGCAACCGAAUCACCCUUCAGAAGAAUAAGGCAAUCCUGCUCAAUAACGAGAGAGUCCGAACUCCGGUAAAGAACCGAUUACGAGGCGUGUCCAUAGGAAAUGUGGGCAUUUACAUGGUAGUGGAAACUGACUUUGGACUGCUAGUGAAAUAUGAUGGAAAUCAGCACUUGGAAAUCAGCCUCCCAGAAUCUUACUUCUCCAAGGUCUGUGGCCUGUGCGGUAACUAUAACGGCCUGCGUGGGGAUGAGCUGCUCAUGCCCAAUGGCGUGCAGGCUAAGAACAUCACACAGUUUGGAAACAGCUGGAAAGUACCAGCCGACAGUGACGCGGGCUGCUUGCCAGACACACGAGAUGAGCUGGGCCCACCUUGCACCGCACAGGAGAAGCCAGGCAUUGAAAACCAGUGCAAUGUUUUAAAGUCGGACACCUUCAAACCAUGUCACCAUCUGAUCGAGCCUGACCUCUUCAUCCAGACCUGCAUCUAUGACAUGUGUAAAUACAAUGGCAUGCUGUCCACUCUCUGUGCCAUCACACAGGCCUACGUGGACACCUGCAAGAAGCAAGGAGUCAUCAUUAAAUGGAGGACCAACACAUUCUGCCCAUUGCCUUGUCCAUCCAACAGCUAUUACACUGACUGUGCAUCUUCCUGCCCAGCCACAUGUAAUAAUAUUUAUGCGUCCUCCCUCUGUGAAAAGCCAACAGAAUGCACAGAAGGUUGCAUUUGCAGUGAGGGCUACGUGCUUAGCGAUGACCAGUGCGUACGACUGAGCGAGUGUGGCUGCAGAGACGAUGAAGAUAACUACUACAGUGCUGGGGAGAGCUGGAUAAAACCCCACUGCACCCACAAAUGCACGUGUCAGAAGGACAAUACCAUCAAGUGCCAGGCCUAUGGCUGUGAUGCUUGGGAGGUCUGUUUCCUCAAUAACAAGGGGAAAUACAAAUGUAAACCAACAGGCUUUGGGAAGUGCCUCGUCAUUGGAGAUCCACACUACCUGACGUUUGAUGGCUUGAUGCAUCACUUCCAAGGCAAAGAUACGUACAUGCUGUCUCAGACUGUCUCCAGCAUCCCCGACCGCCUGCCAUCCUUCAGCAUUGAAGGAAAGAACAAGCUUUUCCCUAGAGUGUCCCACAUUUCGUUCCUCCAGGAGAUCCGUGUCAGUGUUUACAAUCACACAGUGUGGUUCAGGCAGAAGAAGCAGCUUGUGGUGGAUGGAGUGAAAACCAUCCCCCCUGCCCAGCCUCAUGAAGGUCUUCGCAUAUACCAGAGACCAACAAGAAUUUACAUGGAGACAGAUUUUGGCUUAUCGCUCAGCUAUGAUGGUGCUGAAAACUUAGAUAUAACCCUGGCCAACACCUACAAGAGCAAAGUCGAAGGCUUGUGUGGCAACUUUGAUGGGAAGUAUAAGAACGACUUUACCAAGCCGGAUGGCACUCGCGUGCGGGACGUGGAUGUGUUUGGGGAGAGCUGGAAAGUCCCCGUCAGAAGAACAGUCUCCCGGCGCAGGAGAGAAGUCAUUUCAGACGAGGAGCUUGACAAUGUCGAGUUAAACACGGGGCUCACCAGUGGCUGCAAUCCCAGUGAGCUGAGCCUUGUGAACUCCACUUCUAAGUGUGGGAUUCUUACCGAUCCAAAAGGUCCCUUUGGAAAGUGUCAGUCCAAUGUCUCCGUCGAGUUCUUCCAGAUGGGCUGUGUCUUUGACCUGUGUAUGGAAGCUGACAACAACGCUGUGCUGUGUCGGCACCUGGGGCAGUACGCGCUGGCCUGUCAGGAGAACGGGAUCGCACUGGAAAACUGGAGAGCACAGACGCCUUGUGAGAUGCAGUGUCCCACAAACAGCAAGUACAGCAGCUGCAUGACUGCAUGCCCCGAUUCCUGCAGCAACCUGGCAGCCUCCUCCGAGUGCGAGUCACCCUGUGUCGAAGGCUGCGAAUGCCUCCCUGGAUACGUUCUCAGUGGCUAUGACUGCGUGCCCUACAAGGAGUGUGGCUGUAGCUUCCUCAACACAUAUUAUAAGGCUGGAGAAACGUUUGUGACUGACGACUGCUCUCAGACUUGUGAGUGCACAACAAGUUCCAGCGUUGCCUGCACCAGGGCAAUGUGUACACGCAGCGAGAUCUGCGCCAUCGCUAACUUCACUCGCGGAUGCUACAUACCUGGCCCGUGUCUGCAGAAUCUUUGCGAGAAUGGUGGGACUUGUACUGAGGACAGCAACAGCUCUUCCAACUUCAGCUGUGUGUGCCCUGAAGGAUACGAGGGGCCUCUCUGUGAGGCUGAAACACAGGACAAGUCAACGGAAUCUGACAACUCUCUGGUCUACAUCAUUGUGGGAGUUUUAGCAGGACUCAUCGUCCUCGCUCUGAUCGUCUCCCUGCUUGUGUGCAGAUCCAAGUUAAGAAUGAACAGGAAAAAGUCACUGGAAUUCCCCAGAAGGAGGAAUUCGUCUUUGUCCCAGUCUAGGGAUGCGCUGGGCCAGAACCCAUACGUGCCAGACUCCAGCUUCGUGAUCAAUGCUGCAUUUGAUCGGGAUGAACACCAGUAACAUUUGAAUUAGUGGCAUUUUUUAAUUCCAUCUGAUUUUUUUUUUUGCUGUUCUAGUCUAAUAAGUGUUUCUAACCCUUUCCUAAGCACUAAUAAUUUAUAAUAAAUCACUGUACUUCCUGAA